AUCUCUUAAAUUCCAUCCGCCUUUCGCCUCUUUCGUCGCCGCGGUUUCGAAUUUUUUUCCCGCGCAAUUUCUUCGCGUUGAAUUCUUAGCGAUAUAUUGGUCGCACACUGUCCAAGGAUACCGAGCGUGGCAUAAGCGAGCAGCAUGAGUUACGUGAGUUCGAAGCCGUGUCAACAAGCAUCGUUGGGCUUGCCUUCUUAGUUGCCCCACUACCUAGGCGGGGUGCCGCUUGUGGUCCCCUCGUCUGGACCAGGGGGCCCUCGGGGCCCCGGCAGGUGUAAGACUGUUUCCAUUCACUGCAAAGUGGCGGCGAGGAAAGCAACGACGGAGACGUUUUUCCUUGACGAGCCCUGCUGAGCGGUGAAUUAAUGGUGUAAUUAAUGCGCAAACGUUUAAGUAGUGAUUUACAAUUCGACAAGGCUAAUCUCGGGGUAGCCUUGAGUUUCGAAUCUCAAACUUGAUUUUCGCGUUAAAUAAGAAACAGUAAUACUUCAGUCUUACAAUCAGGAUGACAAUUUUACGUGGUAAAAAAAUGUGCUGGAAAACGUGAAGGAGUAAUAAUGUGAAUGUGUGUGAAAGCGUAAAUAAACUCGCGGCGAAGUUUCGAAAUCGAGAAGACCGCCGGGAAAGAGUGUCUUCGGUGUUCCGGCAGGGGACACGAAGUUGAAUGUCGCAAUCAUGGUUUUCUUCGGGAGAAAAGAUAAGCUGGAGGAUCGGCGACUGCUGGCCAGUAUGGAUGCCAUGAACGGCACGAUUAUCCAUCAAAUCGACAACGCCGCGUUCAUGCACGUGCGCGACAACAUCGAGGAGCUGGGCAAAGUCGCCGACGACACGGACCUGCUGUUUCUGAAGGGCCUCCUCGACAGCCCGGUCGUCACGUCCCUCGUGAAGGUGCAGGAGCGUCUCGAGGAUCCGCCGGUGCCCGUGGAGCCGGUAUGCUCGUCCGUCUGUGACAUCGUCGACGAGGUGUGCCACGCCUUCCGGGCCUCCAGGGAUUCGCACGCCAGGGAGCUGGUGAAUCUUCUCGGCAACGCGCAUCUGAGAGCGCUCCUGGAGACGCACGACGCGAUCGUAGAGCGCAGAGAAGCGUCCUCCGAAUCGUCCGAUCCGCCCGCGUUGACGAUGCCGACGAACAAGAAGGAGGAAAUGCCUAUUAGGGUGGUCGGCCUUCGGAGGCAACCAGAUGAGCCCCUGGGUCUGACGGUGCAGGUCGAUGAAGCUGGGAAUAUGAUCAUCGCCAGGAUCCUUGGUGGCAGCACGGCGGCUCGUCAAGAGCUUCUGAGGACCGGCGAGGUGAUACUCGAGGUCAACGGCAAGAGAGUUCGAAAUCCUGAGGAGCUCCAGCUAGCGAUUCAGGACGCCAAGGAGAAUCUGUCCCUGAAACUGGCUCCAGGUAUCGCCUCGGACUCGAACCGACCUCUCAAGUCCACGUGUUACAUGAGGGCUCUCUUCGAUUACGAUCCUUCGGAGGACACGAUUCUACCCUGCCGGGAAAUCGGUCUGGCUUUCCAAAAGGGCGACAUCCUCCAGAUCGUCGACCAGGUCGACCCGAACUGGUGGCAGGCGCGAAGAGUGGAGGGCGAGAGCCUCGGAUCGCCCGGGCUGAUACCCUCGCUGGAGCUGGAAGAGCGCAGAAAGGCGUUCGUGCCGCCUGAGGCUGACUUCGUUCACAAGAUCAGCAUCUGCGGUACCAGGAUAUCCAAGAAGAAGAAGAGAAAGAUGUAUCAGUCCAAGUCGAACGGCGAGUUCGAUGGUGCCGAGUUGCUCCUCUACGAGGAAGUCGCUCGGAUGCCGCCGUUUCGACGUAAAACCUUGGCUCUCGUCGGACCACGUGGCGUAGGUCGUCGAACUCUGAAGAACAGGCUGAUCAACAGCGAUCCCGACAAGUUUGGCACUAUCGUACCCUUCACAUCGAGACCGCCCAGAGUCCUCGAAGAGGACGGCAAGAGUUACUGGUUCACCGAUCGCGAGUCCAUGGAGACCGACAUCAGGGAACAUAGAUUCCUGGAGCACGGUGAACACGGCGGGCACCUGUAUGGCACGAAACUGGACUCGGUGCGGGAACUGAUAAGAGCCGGCAAGAUGUGCGUGCUAGACUGCAGUCCGUCUGCUCUCAAGAUCCUUCAUAACAGCACGGAGUUCAUGCCUUAUGUCAUAUUCAUCGCCGCGCCCGGGAUGGAGCAGCUGAAGUCUUUAUACGAUCUCGGGAGAUCGACUGGCGCCAGCAAUCGAAAUCUAACGUUCGACCGCCAGAGUUCCAUCAGGUACAGCUCGAGAAGAGCCAGGACACUGGAAUCCCUCGCAUCUUUGUACGAGGAGGACGAUCUGAAAUCCACGGUGGAGGAAUCUGCGGCCCUGCAGAGAGCCUACGAGAAGUACAUCGACCAGGUGAUCGUGAACGAGGACUUUGAUAAUACAUUCAGGCAGGUGAUCGCAGCUUUGGAUUCCUUAGCCACGGAGCAUCAGUGGGUGCCGGUCAAUUGGAUUUACUAAUUGAUCUCCGAAGGCAGAAUAUGAUAUCGGAAGAUUCGAAAAUCAAGAGUCAGAGGCUGGCGAGAGGCCUUCUUCGAACUUUUAACGCGCGAAUGAAAGUUUUUUUAUUACUGCCUAUAAACGUCACGUACGAAAACUGUAAAAUUACACUACGGGAAGUGGAAUAUUCAAAAUCAGGCUUCGUUUGUCGCGCGGCUAGGAGAAAAAAACGCAAGGCACGUGUAAUCAGAGUACAAAGAAUGCUACGAAUAUCUCACGCCGCGUGAAGCGUUAUAUCGACGUUGUCGCGUAAACGGGCGCGAUCGAGAAUCUCAUUGUUGCCGUUUAAUUAUAAUUAAAAUACAGCGUUUACGUUUAGAAUUCGUUAUAGAUUUCCAAACGACCCGUUCUGCGUACGAAAUCUCAUCGAAUUUUCUUGUUUCGCACAUUACUAUGUGUAUUACGUCAAAAUCGUAAUGUACAAAGAAUCGCGAGACUUCUCAACCAUUUGGCAUAAAUGAUAAUGAUAGAGGAGACUAAUUAGUCAAAAACGAAGAAAAAGGAUGCUUUUUUACAACGAAGAAAGUCGUAUCACUCGCUGCAUUUUUUACUGCCAAUCUCGACAACGACUGUAUUAGUAGAAACGGGUCGAUUGAUGUGUUAGACCGCCGUCCAGUUAAUUUUAGUGUACUUUUAAUUUAGGCUUAACGAAUAACCGCGCGUAUACGCGCGCACGUACUAUCAUUUACCUGUUCGACUUCGCUACACACCUUCCUCGUGAAUAAUUCUGUUUCGUGUCUCAUUUUGCUGUUCGUGCACGCUAAAGUAAAAAUAUUCCUGGCAUGGAGUGCCUUAAAUAACGCGAAGCCUAUACGAAAUUGGGUUGACGCGAAGACCUACUAUGUCGAUUCGACAGACCAGUCUUGCAUUCGGGUUUCAUGGUGGACAAAACUAAUAAUGCGCCUUUUCUAAGCCGUCUCCGACGGAUAUACACGCAUACGCAUCCCGCACGUACACAUCACAUAUAUUCGAAUUUUUCACUCGAACGUACCUCUUCCGAAGAAAAAAAAUACAUCCAUUUGUAGAUUAAAAAUAGAUCGCUUUGUACAGAUACAUACAUAACGACUAGAAAAAAAAAUAUAUAUAUAUAUAUCUGUAUAUUAAAUCGAGACACCUGUCCCGAAGAGCAACGUGAUGCACGAUGUGGAAUAAAGUUUAUCGAGCAUUUGUUACGAAUUAGAAUCGUACAACGAAUGGAUUAUUAUUUCAGUGUCUAUACUCCUGUCCUCGCUCCUUUUUCAGGGCUCUGCGAAAGGACGUUAACCGAAAGUGUUACUAACGAUAAAUAUAAGGAAUUAAUAUAUUUUUUAUCUUCAUUGUAGAUCGAAAAAUAUGUAAUUAGGUAAGCAUUUUAUACACGUGUAUUAUACUCUCUUUUUCUUUUCUUUAAUGAUGCUACAUCUGUAUCAGAUUUUUCUCACAUACAUGUAUAAAAAUUAAAACACAAAAGAAAAUAAAAAUCUCAGGGGAGUUAA